AUGGAGGAGAAAAAAAAGACCAACACCCCAGCAAAGGAAAAGCAGGAUCUUCCUCGACCAUACAAAUGUCCUAUGUGUGAAAAGGCGUUUCACAGACUAGAACACCAGACUAGACAUAUAAGAACACAUACAGGUGAAAAGCCCCAUGCUUGUACUUACCCAGGCUGUUUCAAGAAGUUUUCAAGAUCGGAUGAGUUAACGAGACACUCGAGAAUCCACAACAACCCCAAUGCGAGAAGAAGAACGUACAACUUGAAGAAAAAACAAGGUGAGGUUAAGGCUGAGAAGCAACCUAUACAAUCUAAAGUGUCCGAGGAGACUAAGGAUGAUAUAUAUACCAUUACAACACAACAGAAGGAGGCUCAACUGAAGAGGGAUAUUCUGGCCACGACAGUUUCGCUUCCAAAUUCACCCCCAAGAACAACUACUUUGAAUGGCAACAGCGUUCAACAUUUGGAUUCAAGUACGGGAAGCAAUAAUGGUCAAAGCCAUCCAUCGUCUUUUUUCGAUAUCAACAUUCUUGCAAAGGCAGCUGCGUUGGAGCUGGAGAAGGAACAAAAAUUACAAUCCGUCAAGUCGUUACCUUCCCUUACUUCCUUCUUUGACCCUUCAAGGUACAACCAGCCUUUUGCACCUCCACCUACACAGGCUAUGAAGACACAGUCCACUUCAACAUCUCCAAAGUUGCCUAGUGCUCCUAUUCACCAUCCGCACCCUCUAAACUCGUUAUCUUCUCUGCAGAGAAUGACCCCACUGAGGAUGAAUUCGCCCAUCUCAGCCGGUCGUGCGAGUUUGAACAAGUCCAAAUCACAAAGUUCGUUAUCCUCUAUGAAUGAGAACUUGGAGGAUGAUAACUACUACAAUCAUGAUCGACUCAAGAGAUCGCGUCCAAAUUCGCCGUCCAUGCCACAGUCCCCUGUUUUCGCAUCGACGGCGUUUAGCUCCACGAAUAAUGGCGUUCAAUCUUCUCUGCUUAAUUCCAACCCUAAUUCUUUCACAAACUUGCAGAAUGUGCUCAACAACUCCAUCGGGGCCACUUCCAUAACGAAUCGUUUGGGUAAGACUCCGGAGGCUACGCCGUUACAAACACCAGCUGUCAGUCCAAAGCUGGGACCAACCUCGAGUACGUUUUCGAAUGAGUUACCGCCGUUGCGUAGUUUGAACUUGGGGUUCCCGGCUCCACAACAAAAAUGA